UGUGUGUGUGUGUGUGGACUUUCUUCUGGGUGUUGGUUUAGGAAGCUGUGGUCAGAUGCUAGUGGGUCUCUGGGUGGGGAAAUACAGAGAGAGAGUGAUAUUACCAAAGACAUGUGAGAAAGUAAUGAGUCCCGUUUGGAUGAGAAGUAAGAUCCACACAGCUCUGCAGGCUCGCCAGACCUGACCAACACUUCAAGGAAGAUGAAUAAACGCUCCGUUGCUAUUAAUGGCGGUGCUAUCCCAGCCUGCGCCAAUGGCAGCAACGCUCAGUGUGGCCAGCUGAGUGAAAAAGUGUCCGAAGCUAAUCACGUGAGCCUCAGUGCACAGAACAGAGACUGCAAGAACAGACCAGGACCGGGACAUGACACAACACGUAGCCAGGAGCCCAGAGAGCGCUCUUCCUCAACAGUCUCCGUCUCCAACGUGACACCACGUUCUCAUCAGCGGCGGUGGUCACACGACUUUGGCAAGUGUGGGACCUCGCCCGUCUUAACUGUGAAGAGGGACAAGAAGGAGCCGCAGCCUCCUCAGCGCGGAGUGUCUGUCCUCCGACCCCACGCUGCAUCCCAUCAUUCACUCAAACAUUACUCCUGCCCCCCCUUCGGGGUCUUCGGCUCAUCCUCCUCUUCCUCCACUUCUUCCUGCUCCUCUCCUCCUCCUGUCCAGACAUCUGUCAUCACCGGCCACGACCCUCUAGGUUGGAAGCUGCGUCCCAAGUCCAGCUCCACGUCCCCCCGGGCUCGCACCAACAGGCUGUCUCUGCAGAUUCCCCUCCCAGUUGUCCUCCCUGAACCCGGAUCUAGUCUUGCUAUUAACUCACGAUCAGUCGACGCCGCUAAUCCGGACCCCCGUCAUGAAAACAAACCCCCUCUCAGACCCAAACCACCCCGCCGCCACUCCGACUCCUCGGCCUUCCUCAGGUCCCUGGUGACCCCUCUGCCUGUGGUGACCCUCGAGGAGCUCCGCGACAUGCACCUCCGCCCGCUCACCCUUUUGGAUGAGUCCGACGACGUCUUUGGCGGGGGGGACGAAGAGGGGGCGGGGGUGACCGCUCGGCCGCGCAAAAUUCCACCACCGGUUCCAGAAAAAACGUCCAUGGCAAGACAAAUAGCAAAACUGAUGACUCAUUCACACCAAUGCCGUGGGCCCUUUACAGCUAAUGAGGAAAUCAUUUACAGCAGUGUUCUAAAGCCAAAAGCUAAACGUUCACACCAGACUGAGGACCACAGCGGCCUGAAUGCUGGAAUCACUGGUAAGCACUACAAUCUCCAAAUCCACUGCUAUAUGGAGAAGAAUGCUAUAUUGAACAUGCAAACUGUGUCCAUGGGUGAUUUUAAAAGUUAGGCUCCAACGGUGUUGAGCACGGACAUUGAGAAGCAAUAAUUAUUUUCAACACCAACAUGGAGAAUAACUGAACCGGUUGUAAAAUAUCAGUAGGAAUGGUAAAAGUACAAGACAUAUGCUGCAGGGAUGGUGAUAAACUGAUGGGAUCAACUGGAAUAAUUAACAUGAAAGUAGAGGCUUGCUCUUCUUUUGUUCAAUAUUAAUGAAGCAUUCGUUUUCAAUGAUUUUAAUCAUUUAGGUUCAGCCACACGAUUAGAGUAGAAGAGAAGGAACAAGAAAUGUAACGGAAUAAAUAAAGAUCAUCCUCCAAUGAGGAGGGCGGAGGUGGAAAAAUCACAUCUUUCAAAAGUGCUUUCCAUUAAAACGGUUUUCUUCAAGCUCCAGCUAAGAUACCCCUUAUGAUACCACCAGCUGUUCUUUAGAAAGUUCGGGCCAUGGAUGACAUUAUACAGCUACUAGUAGUUCGGGUAGUACUCCUCAUGCUGGUGCAGAUACAGAUACGUGUUUCUGAGAAAUAUGUUGUACUGUACAUGAAGAUGAUGCACAACACUUUUCAAAGUUUGCAGAAGAUCUAAUUGUAGAUGCCCGGGUGCCUUUCGCCCUGAUUUACUUACGAUUGAUUUCCUUUCUUGUGUGCUGAGAGGAGAAGAGGGGCGUUACAGUGCCAAUCAAUAGUAACAGCAUUGUCUGUGUUUCAGCAGGACUGCGUGUGGAUACCAGCUGUGACAGGGAGAGGUCAACGCCACGCUUUCCUGGCUGAGGAGACAGAGAGGAGACUUCUUAAACCUCCAACACCGCUAACUACCAGGAGCAGUUGUACAGAUUACAGUCCAUGCACUGCAUGUCCUGGGGAGUGAGAGACACUUUUGAAGCCGCCCUCUGUCACAGAUGACUUGUAUUACGUCAGCACUGUGGGAUGUUUAACCUCUCCGCCAUACAGUCCUGUCAGAUAUCUGCUGUAAAUAUUUGGCUAACUGCUCUCUGUUGUGGGAAUAUUAGUUUGUUCUUUGUGUGAGUAUUGCUUUUAGGCAAAUGACAAUCACUUCCCAUACAACUAAACUGCAUUCUCAAUUAGGCUGCGAAGGAAACAUAUUUUCUCCUGAAUUACAGUUGUAAACACGUGAUUACCGUUAAUAAUUCAAACAAACCAAAAAUGCAAUAAAACUACUUGGUUAUGUUUUGUAAAAUAUUUAGUUAAAGUAAGUCGAUGUUGACUUUUGGUCUCACAGUUUUUUAUUGUUGUUAGUUGAAUACAAUAUUAUCAAUAGAGCUUUUUAAUACAUUACUUUGGUCUCUGGUAUGAAUGUUAUUUGAUGAUAUUUUACAGAUGAUUUAACCUGUUAAAAGAUGAUCAGAGCCCUAAAAUGAUUGGAGCCAUGUGAGUGUAGAAAUAGGAUUACUGUUGUUUAUAAAGUUUGUGAAGGAU